GCCUCGACGAAGCCUCUGCGCGUUUAUUUGGCGAAGCUGUUUCAGCCACAGAGCUGCAGAUUAGCUCCCGUUACUGCGACCUACAGCCAGCGCGAGCAGGGACCUACUUUCGCCCAUGAUAACUUUACCUUGACUUUACUUUCACAUUCUUUCAUUCUUUUGUUAUUUUAUAUUUAAUUUUAAGGAUUUUGUUUUAAUUUCGAACUACAUUUUCUUAUUUAAUUCCACUGACCAUUGAUUUUUUUCUGUUGUGAGGAGUUCGGUCGGCUUCUACCAACCAUAAGAUUUGAACGGAAUACCUCGCCAGGUUUUUUUUUUCCUGCCUGUCUUGCGGCGAAGGCUCGCGCGUUUGGAAUUGCUGGUCCUACCUGCUGCUCGAGCUUCAGUCUGAGUGUUUGUCCUUCCCAUACGGAAACAAUUUGGGAUUAUUCUCCAUGUGUGUGUGCGCGGAGAAACGGACAGCGGCGGAGAAGGCGACGGGGCUCGCCCGCUUGUGAGGAAUGCCCGUGCCCCUGCUUCCGUCGACUCGCUGCUAAAGGAAGAGAGUCCGCGCAGCCUCGCGCUCUACUUACCGAAUGAGAAACUACCGUGCGCGUCAGCCUCAUCCGCCUCUCGCUGUGCUUUCGAGAGGUGAUUUCGGAUCUGCGUGCAGGCGCCUCGCGGCAACUGUCGGCGGGAUUUUUCUCACCUACCACACAGGGACAUUCCGCAGAGUGCAGUUUGGUGCCCGGCCUUACCGGGACUGCUCGCGGAGUGUUGCCGUGAGCCCGUGGAUGCGCUUCUUGUGAGCUGGCUUUUGUUGCCGUGGCCCCUCUCCGGCUGCGGGCUCGUCUCCUCCGGCGACGGAAUUGGGAUUCGGAGUUUGGAUUGCCUCAGUUUCGGGGCGUUUGUGGCAGGGGUGAUCUCGUGGCCCAUUCGGAGCACGUUUGGAGAAAGAAGGAGAAGAGCGAGCCCCCAGUGAGGCGGCUGUCGGUGGAAUCAUAAUCAUGGGGGAAUCUUGGUGGAUGUGUUACUUUGGAGUUUUGUUUAUCGCGUUUAAGGUGAAUCUGUCCCGCGCGAUCGUUUUGGACUCGAUAUACUGGAACACAACAAAUACGAAGUUCGUCCCAGGGCAGGGGCUGGUCCUGUACCCCCAGAUUGGGGAUAAGAUGGACAUUGUGUGUCCGCGUGUGGACGGCGGAGUGGGCGAGGGCAUCGAGUACUACAAGAUCUACCUGGUGACGCGCGAGCAGCUGGACCGCUGCUACAUCACCAAGACGGACACGCCGCUGCUCAACUGCGUCAAGCCCGACCAGGACGUCAAGUUCACGCUCAAGUUCCAGGAGUUCAGCCCCAACCUGUGGGGCCUGGAGUUCUUCAGGGGCAAGGACUACUACAUCAUCUCUACCUCCAAUGGAACGAUGGAGGGCAUCAACAACCAGGAGGGCGGAGUCUGUAAAACCAAGUUCAUGAAGAUCAUCAUGAAAGUGGGACAGAGUCCAUUAGAUCCCCCAGAUACAGCCCCACCCAAAGAGCCCACGUACCCCAAACCUCCAGAGUCAGGGGGCAAGGACACCAAAUCCAACGAGGUCAUCGACAAACCAGCCUAUCACGACGGCGAUACGACGGUGGGCGGUGGUGUCGGCGGCGGGGGCAAGUCGUCCAGUGUGAUUGGCUCGGAGGUGGCGCUGUUUGCCGGGAUCGCGUCGGGCAGCGUGAUCUUCAUCAUCGUCAUCGUCAUGCUGGUGCUGCUGCUGCUGAAGUACCGGCGACGCCACCGCAAGCACUCGCCUCAGCACGCCGCUGCCCACGCGCUGUCACUCAGCUCUCUGGCCACGCCCAAGCGCUCCGCCCACGGGCCCGGCGUUGCCGGCGGCAACAACAACGGCUCCGAGCCCAGCGACAUCAUCAUCCCGCUGCGCACGGCCGACAGCGUCUUCUGCCCGCACUACGAGAAGGUCAGCGGCGACUACGGUCACCCCGUCUACAUCGUGCAGGAGAUGCCACCACAGAGUCCUGCCAACAUCUACUACAAGGUCUGAGGGACCUCCACACACACUCGGAUACACACACACACACACACCGGGCGAAGCGCGUGCCACCUCUCUCUCCUGGACAGGCAA